ACUUAUUAAAUAGGUUUCGAAUAUGACUGAUGAAACUUCUAAAAUAUCGCGUGUUUUACAACAGUGGUAUCAAUGUGACUACAGAAGCAUCGCUGCUUCAAACUGGGAAAUUAAAGUUGUUGAUGGUUUUAAACAUUUCAUGAACAGAUCUCAACUGGACGGUGAUGGUUUGUACACGUGGAAGACAACAAUUAAAGGAAAAGCCGCUUUUAUUAUUGUUACCUACCAUUUUCCGAGUCUCCUGGGAAUGGAGACAGUUAAGCUUUCUUCAGUUCAACUGGAUUGUAUCAGGAGUUCUGUGACCGAAUCAUUUGGGAAGGAUGUAGAAGAGCAGUUUCUCGAAAAAUUUGUAGAUAAAGCGCUGAUUGACUUUUUUCGUCCCCUCUAUGAAUCGAGAACGAGAAACGACGAGAGAUCAUUAUUUGAGAAAGUUGAAUCAACACUAUCGGCGAUGGAAAAAAUUGAUGUUCUACAGCAGUUAAUGGAUAUUCAGUCUUCAAACGAAAAGGAAAUUCAACAACAGCGCAAUAAACAAAUCGCCAAAAAAGAGGAGCCGUUUACAAAGAAUCAAACUGACUCCGUUCAGUUUACGAAUAAAAAUCCAGAAAACUAUCCAGCUGAAUUUCCAAGCUUGAGAGGAAGCGAUCAAGAAGUAUUGUCUCAGCCUGCCAAAAAUAAUCAGAAUGCAGCUGCCAAAAAGCAAUAUAAAGAGAUCAAAUAUGACCUGGAGCCACAACCUGUAGACCCAAGAGAAAAGGAAAAACAAGAAAAAUUGGAAAAGCAUUUUGCGACGAGAAAGGAGUUUGAGCAAGCAUAUAAGUUUUUCAUCUCGAAAGAUUAUCCAGAAAGGAGGUCGAAAGUGAAAGAAGUUCCCGGUGAUUUAUUCCAAUCUAUUGACAGUCUGGCACACUGUGUUUCUGAAGAUUUCUCCAUGUCUGCUGGAAUUGCUACUCAAUUCGGAAAGCGGUUCCCACCAAUGCAAGAUGUGUGCUUUAAUAUGUAUGUCUACAAAGGCGGCGUCGCUCCUUUCGAAGACCGAAAAGGCAGGAGGUUUAUUUACAACCUGGUCACCAAAGAAAAGUUCAACGACAAGCCGCUCUAUCAAGACUUUCGCUCGUCGUUGCAGAAAAUGCGAGACCAUGCGGUGGGAAAAGCAGUGAAAGCGAUCAGCAUGCCUCAGAUUGGAUGCGGACUUGACUUGUUGGAGUGGGAGUAUGUACGUGAUAUAAUAGAGGAGACGUUCCAUGAUACGGACGUACAGAUAACUGUGUAUGUUUUGGAAGCGGCACCGUCUACUUCAAGAGGCGGAGGGUAUACAGGAAAGAGUGCUCAUGGGAACAGAAGAGGCGGUGAUCAAAGACCUCACGGUAAUGGCAGAGAUACAGAGUCUAAUUUCAGGCCCAAUAAAAUGAACAGGCAAGACCAUGGUAACAGGCAAGACCAUGGUAACAGGCAAGACCAUGGUAACAAAAAUCAGAAGAGGUUGUGAGAAAAUAGUAAUGAACUUUUAUGAUGUGUUUAAUAAAUAUGAGCUUUUAUCACCCACGUAUAGCUUGUGGAGUAUCACUCCCUCUACUUGAAAGAGUAAAUUGCUUGUUUUCUGUGAAACGCUACUUCUUAAACCAAAAUUACAAAUUAUUUUUAGAUACGAAAAUUGUGAGGUUAAAUUAGUUACUAACUAUGACGAUGUGAUUGACCAACAUUGAAUUGAUGGUGUAACAAUUUUUCAAAAAACGAGUGUUGUCAACCAGGCGUUUACUGAUGAUUUUGACUAGGCAUAGAUUUUCAAAAAACACAUCCAAAUGUGAGGAUUUUUUGUUGACCAAACUGAUUCGAAGCUUUCCUGAAGCACUAAAUGUCAGUUCGCGAAAAAGUACCUAGUUGCUGUCAUAUUUUAAAUCCUGGAAUCCAAAACUGUAUGGUCCGCGUUGUUUCUUGUGUAUUAAAAAUGUCGCUUUCACCUUCAAUCCUGUGUUCAAAAUAUGUAAAUAAUUCGGCAAUGUUGAAGCUUAUUAAUGGCUCAUUUUCUCUUGAAAGGUUUAACUUCAGUGAAAUUCUUUUUGUUUAUCUAUUGUGCUAAAUCAUGUUUGGUUUUGAUAAUUGAUAUUAUACGCGUUGAACGCGCUUAUCUUGUUACGGUGCCUUUGUAUAUUAACAACUAUCCUGGUCCUCAUUUAAUUCAAAUUGCAUAUUUCUCAGAA